AUGAUCAUCGGCUAUUUAGAUUUACAACCGCAAAGACAGAAGCAAAAGAGCACGGUCAAAUGGACAAGAAAACAAUUCACAUGUUACGAAUGCAACAAGAUAUUCUUGAAUCAAGGCUGUCUCUGGAGUCAUAAAAGAAACGAAUGUGACGCGUGGAAAUUCCAGCGGAAAAUUUACAUGAAGAAGCUGUAUCUGAGGCCAGGCCUGUGCAAAGAAAGUCUGCGACAGUGUCAGCGGCAUGUUUGUCCCAAAUGUGGCAGGAGCUACAAGGCCAAAAGCAGCGUAUCGCGUCACUUAAAACUCGAAUGUGACAAGAUGCCACAGUACAAGUGUACGAUUUGCAAAAGAGAGUUCCAUCAAAUUGACAACUGCAAGCGUCACGUCAAGAGUGUUCAUCAUGAAGACAUCACUAAAGACUACAUAGAGUUUAGCGUAUCGCUGCAAAGUCGCAUCGCGUCGGCAAUGAAGAAGAACUCCAAACAUUCAGUACAGUACAGCAUGCCGGACUAUUAUAAGAGAUUAGGCAGACACUUCUGCUCGGCUUGUGGAAAAGAGUAUAGAUGGAUGCAAUCGUUGAUCAGGCACAAACGAGAAGAGUGUGGAAAGGAUCCGCAGCAUACUUGUAGCGUAUGCGGUAUAAGGAUCCGACACAAGUGGAUGCUUAAGAAGCAUCUGGUCAACGUUCACUUCUGGGACUUCCGGAAUGAUUACAAAGCCAGCAAGCAAAGAUACGAAAAAUAUCACUGGCAGUAUCGCGAUUUCAUCGAGCAAAAACACGAAGAAUAUCACGGGCAGAACCGCGGUAAAUAUAGUUGUAACGUUUGCGAGAGGAAGUAUAAGUGGAGAUCGUCUCUGUGGAGACACAAACGCGAAGAGUGCGGCAAAGAGCGGCAGUGUCUAUGUCCUCUUUGUGGCAAGAAAUUCGUACACAAGCAUCAUCUCAAGCAUCAUUAUGAAACACAGCACAUGCAAACUUCGAGACGCAAACUCCACAAAUCUAAUCCGUAA